UGCCUGUGUACCGCAGCGCUUACCUCUACUCUCUGCCUGGGUACGAACAGUAUGAGGGAACACGCCUCGAGGCAGACUACUUCACAUCCUCUUCACAUUUCUCCCAUCACGCGGCAUACGGAACCUACCAAUCCCAGACCAUCAACCCCUCGGUCACACAAUCCUCUCCAUAUCCAACACCUGCCUCUCCUAUCAGCAACAACACCCUUCAAACCCCUCCUCUCGCCACCAAGCCCAAACGGAGCAACCGCGCGCGCCGGAAAGACCCCAACCACAUCCCGCGCCCGCGCAACGCGUUCAUCAUCUUCCGCUCCUCUUUCAUCGCCAACCAGAACCAGCAGCGCGACGCCGCCCCGCGCGAGUCGCAGAAUGAGAUCAGCAAGCAGGCCGCGGCCGUCUGGAACAGGAUGACCCCGGAGGAGAGGAAGCCCUUUGUGCACCAGGCGAUGCUCGAGAAGGCCGAGCACCAGCUCAAGUAUCCUGGCUACACUUACUCUCCGGGCCGGGUGUCCGGGAAGGGCAAGAGCAAGCAGGGUACGGAUGCACCUUCGCCCUCGCCUGUACCUUCGUCGCCGACGUCGUGUGGGAGCCCGGAGACGCCCCAGCAGCCGUUUGUGUUCGCCUCUCCUGGACAGGUCUACGAUAGCACGCCCUACAACGUCUCCUAUGUAGACACUGCUGCUUCGGUGAAAGAAAAGGUCGACAUCACUGCGAGACCCUUCAACUACAACGCCAUCGACUCGCAGUUCGCUGGCAUUCACGAAUACACCACCACCACCACCACCACCACCACCACCACCACUACCACCACUACCACCAACGACGACGCGCCGCGCGCUUUCCCUUCCGCGACACAGCCCCUUGAGGUCGAGGACGACGACCACCUGACCAUGUACUUCCCCUACGUCACCCCCUUCGCCUUCCCCACUUCCGACCCCAUCCACUCGCCUCCUACAUCGUCACUUUCGGAUCCAGAGCUCGCUCUUCCGCCCCCCGACGCGUUUUAUUCCAUGUUCAAUUCGUAUUUUAAGCGGAGCAGUGACUUGGAGCCGUUUGAUUUUGGGGAUCUGCCAAUGGAGGGUGGGGCUGGGCGGUACGCGCAGGGCGGGGAUGACAGUGGGUGGUGGUGUUCCGUUCAGGCGCAGCAGGAGCUGGCGCAGACGGUGGAGAUGGGGUUGUUUUUUGACUACCAAGGUUAUAUGACUGGUUCUCUAUGAU